AAAACAUCUAAAGGAAACAGAGCAGCUCAGUCGGUGCAAAGCUUAGACCAAACCAACCACAAAAAGACAGCAGCAGAGGAUCAGAGAAUAAAGGUAAAAUGGAGGAUGCAGACUUUUUUGACGACUAUGAUUAUGGAGAUUACUCAAACAACUACACUGAGGACAAUAACACCAUACGUGUGGAAAACUCAUUCCAACACAAACCAGCUUGCAGCGAAGAAGGCAUGUGUGUGUCUCUGACUGUAAUCUAUGUGGUCAUUUUCCUGCUGGGCUUUUUUGGGAACAUGCUGGUCAUUUGGAUCUCUGGCUUUAAGAUGAGGAAGACAGUGAACACCACUUGGUACCUGAGCCUUGCAAUCUCUGACUUCCUCUUUUGUGUCUUCCUGCCAUUUAACAUUGCCAACUUAGUGAUGAAAGAGUGGAUCUUCGGUCUCUUCAUGUGCAAGUUUACAUCUUCUGCAUUAUUCAUUAACAUGUUCAGCAGCAUCUUCCUCCUCCUCGUCAUAAGCGUGGACCGCUGUGUGUCUGUAAUGUUUCCAGUUUGGGCCCAAAACCACAGAUCUGUUCAAAAGGCAUCAACUGUGGUUGUGUUUUCUUGGCUUCUUGCCAUCGGACUGAGCAUCCCCUCCAUGAUUGUUCGGGAUGUACAUGUUGGGAGUGAUGGCAGGCACACUUGCCGCAACAAUUACACCUCAAAACAAAAUCACCAGGCUGUUGCCUUUACCCGUCUCAUUGCAGGUUUUGUGGUUCCUUUUAUCAUAAUUAUCAUCUGUUAUUCCAUCAUUAUCCUCAAACUCAAAAACAACAGGAUGACAAAAUCCUCCAAACCCUUCAAAGUAAUGACAAUGCUCAUUGCUGCAUUUUUCGUCUGCUGGCUGCCGUAUCACAUUUUUGUCUUACUUGAGCUGAACCCUCAUAAGCAUGACUUCUAUAUUUUAACCUCUGGACUCCAAAUGGGCUCAAUUUUAGCAUCAGCUAACAGCUUCCUUAACCCAUUGCUCUACGUCUUCAUGGGAAACGACUUCAAGCAGAAGUUCAAGAGCUCUGUACUCUCCAAGAUGGAGAAUGCAAUGGUCGAUGAAGGCCGCACCACCAGCCGGUACCUGUCCAGGUCCAGCUCCAUGGACGGCAGAGCUUCUACACACAUUUAGAGGCAUUAGCUUACUGUUGAAGUGAUCAUUUAGUGGGUUUAAAUGAAAAAAAAAAUGCUCUUCAAAAAUGUGAUUUUACAAUGUGAUUUUUUUUUCCUGAAUCACAUCUUUAAACAUCUGUUUAUAGUCACAGCAAAAAUAAUUAUGUAAAAGUAAUUGUUUUAGUUGUUAAAUACAGCCAAGGUUUGCUGUAUAAGACAUGUACAAAUCUAUGAUAUUUUUACAUGGAAAUACAAAUAAUGCACUUUAACCAUAGAUAGAUAGAUAGAUAGAUAGAUAGAUAGAUAGAUAGAUAGAUAGAUAGAUAGAUAGAUAGAUAGAUAGAUAGAUAGAUAGAUAGAUAGAUAGAUGAUAGAUAGAUAGAUAGAUAGAUAGAUAGAUAGAUAGAUAGAUAGAUAGAUAGAUAGAUAGAUAGAUAGAUAGAUUCAGAUAUAUAUAUAUAGAUAUAGAUGUAUAUACAUAUAUAUAAGAAAUGGGUCAUGCUACAACACCCCACCAUCAAAACCAGAAAUAUCUAGGUUAAUUUACUGACUCACAAAAACCAAACCUCAGAUAUGCAAAUAUAUUGUUGUCUCUUAGAUACUCUGAACCACAUUUAAGAAGUUAAAUGGUGUUAGUUGAGUUUGUCACUCUUUGCAAUUUUUUCUAAACAGCUGUUAAUAGUGGUAACAAGUUAUAUAAGCAAUGUUUAUAUGGGCUUUAAAUUUCAUUAGUUUGAUUAAGGUUUCCCGUUUUUCUUCUCUAAAAUCUGUUGUAUUCCUUAAUUUAUCUGUGUUUCAGAUUUGAAAAUAAACAUGUUUUCUACAAUCAUGAA